AUGGAGCCAUACAAAGAAGAAACCAUUGGGUUUGCUGCAAUAUUUGAUGUUUUAUUAAAAAUAGCCAUGGUCGUGGGUCCGGUCGUUGGAUAUUUUGACCAAAUUGCGAGUAUUCGUCGUUUAAAGUCAAGCGCAGGAUUCUCUAUAGAUACUUGUGGCGUGUUGUUAAUUAGCAGUAUUGUUCGUCUGUUUUUUUGGUUUGGAGACAGAUUUGACAUCACAUUAGCAUAUCAAAGCAUACUAAUGAUUUUAGUACAAUUAGUGCUUCUCUACGACUGCAUAAAAUAUAGAUACCCUUUAUCGCCAGGACCCAAUCGACGAUGGUUUUGGAAUUGGCACACAUACAAAUCAUACAUCCUAUUUAUGGGAGUGCUGACUGGCGUACUACAAAUUUUUUAUUUGUAUCUUGGAGAGUAUGAUUGGUUUAUUCAGUUUUUGGGAUAUUUAGCUUUGGGCAUUGAAAGUACAGUUCCAAUGCCACAAGCAUGGGAAAAUUAUCAAUUACAAUCAGUUGCAGGAUUCAGGGGUAUGUUGGGCUUAGAUACUUCUCAGUUGCACGAACGAUUACGGCGGUCACCGAGUUAUAAUUCGCUGGACGAAAUUUUGUAG